AUGAUGGAAAAUCAGAUGACCCAAGCUCAACAAAUCAGUCACCUCUCAAAGCCUUCAGGCCAACUUCUAGGACAAACCGAACCAAAUCCGAAGGGGUAUAUCCAUGCUAUCUCAUUGAGAAGUGGUAGAGAAUUGCAAGAUCCCUAUAGGGAGAUGAAUGACCAAAGGAAGAGUGCAAAAGAGUCCAAAAAGCCGAGUGAAGAAGAUCAAGGCGAAAAAGUGUUGGAAGAGGAAGCUAAGGAGACUGAGAAAAAGGAACCUAUUGUCAUACCUAUUGCACCAUACAAGCCACCUGUUCCAUUCCCUCAAAGAUUGGCACAGUGCUAUCUUGCAGAACAAGCUUCCAAAGAAGCUAGGAGAUCAAGCAGUUAUUCUAUUCCUGUUAAGCUUGGUGAUAUUGAGAUCAAGAAUGCCUUAUGUGAUCUUGGGGCAAGUGUCAGUCUCAUGCCCUUGUCAAUCUGCAAGAAGCUCAAUAUGGGUGAACUGAAACCCACACGCAUCUCCUUACAACUAGCAGAUAGAACAGUCAAGUUCCCCUUGGCAUCCUUGAAGAUGUUCCUCUUAGAGUCGGAAAAUUUUUCAUUCCAUGUGAUUUUGUUGUUAUGGAAAUGGAAGAAGAUGCAAACGUUCCCAUUAUUCUUGGGAGAUCCUUUUUGGCCACUGCUGAAGCCAUAA